AAGCAACUGACGCGCACAGCCAGGUACACGGAUGCUGGUACCCGGCAUCGCGUUGCUAUGUACAUAUACAUUGCUUUAUAGAAUUGGAAGGAUCGGAAGUAACGACAAGUGUACUAUACAUUAAGAAAAGAUGGCAAAGCCCCUGAAGAUGUGCGUGUGCGGCGGUGGAAAGUCUGCGCAGGUCAUGGCCGUCUUGGCAGCGUCAAACACGGACAUGGAGGUGGUCGUUCUCACCACGUUUAAAGACGAAGCCGAACAGUGGAGCAAGGCCAUUGAUAAGCAAGACAUGGUAGUAACUGUGAAAGGACCAGAUGACAGCUCAAGGGAUUUGAAGGCCAAACCUGUCAGCGUUUCGAAAGUCCCAGGCGAUGUUGUUCCUGGGAGUGAUAUCAUUGUGUUAGCUGUCGGCGCAUAUGCUCACGAGGAGUACCUGAAAGCAAUCGUGGGUUUGAUAGACAAAAAGGCGGUAAUCGUGGGAUUUCCUGGACAAGCCGGCUUCGAAUACUUAUGUAAAAGUCUACUCGGAGAACUCCGAGAUCAAGUAACCAUAAUGUCAUUUGAAAUGUCGCCAUGGGUGUGCAGUUUAGAGGCAUUUGGUAAGAAAGCAGUUAUCACUCGUACUGCACAGUGUCUAAACGGGUCUAUAUUGAGAGGAAAGGCCAUUCCAAGAAAACCCGCCCUCAUGAGUCUUCAAAUGGCUUUGGGACCAACGCCAAUGCUCAAACAAACCAAGCAUUUCCUUGAGGUUUUGCUAACUUCCUUCUCUUUUUUCCAUCCGGCAAUAAUGUACGGAAAGUGGAAGGAUUGGGACGGCAAAUAUCUCGACAGCGAACCUUUGUUCUACGGGAACAUCGACGAAUCCACCGCACAGAUCCUGGAAGAAUGCAGCAAGGAAUACCAGGCUGUAGCUUUUGCUGUAUCAGGUCAAAGACCGGACAUCAACCUGACCGAACUACCAGAUAUUUUUAACUGGUUGAUACAGUUUUACAAAGAUGACAUAGAGGACGGUACAAGUCUUUUAAAUGCGAUAAAGUCUAACAAGGUCUACAAAGACGUUAAACAUAUCAUGCAAAAAGACAGGACGAAGUAUAAACCAGAUUUCAACUGCCGUUAUUUAGCGGAAGAUAUACCAUAUGGUCUGGUAGUUGUUAGAGGAAUUGCCGAAAUUCUCGAAGUUCCAAUGCCUACUUGUGACAUGUUGAUUGACUGGGCUCAGGGAAAGAUGAACAAAAAGUAUCUUGUUGACGGUAAACUUACUGGCGAUGAUGUAAAAACAACGAGAGCUCCACAGAGAUUCGGUCUCACAACUAUGGACGAAAUUCUUGCUGGCAAAAAGAAAGAAGACAGUGUUGAUGUAAAUGGUCUGGUGGCCUUAACAAUUUAACGUUAUUAGUAUGCAAUUUAAAUAAUUCGAAUUAGAAUUCCUACAAACGUCUAACAAUUCAAGCGCAUGCCUGCGUUGUGCAUUCAAUACUAUAUAACGCCAUAAGUCUAAAUAAUUUAUCGACACAUGUGUAUUUUCCAUUUAAAAAAUUUUAAUGACCAGAUUAACCAUUACUAUUACUUUUUUACUAGUAAUUAAUUGUAUGAAGGCAUAUGUUACUACAAUGUAUAUUGAGAGCACUGCGGAUAUGUUUGAAGUGUUUGUUAAGUAUUAACCUCUUGUUUGGUCUGCGUGGGCCCCAUUGGUUGUAAACGUGUGCUCCUGUUUCACCAAUUAAAAUAUGAACAUUUAAUAUGUGGUCUACGUUUAAACGGAAUAUGUGAAAGUGUUAAGUUACAGAUCGACCAAACAUAUACAUUUCGAUUUUGCUUAAAUAGUGUUAAAUGAUAUCGCAGCAUUGUUUUCAAACAAAGGACAUGAGAGUGAUGUAUCACUUGAA